AUGCACGCUUUAAUUCAUAAAAUCCAUUGGAAUUCCCCUUCAUGUUUUCUGCCAGUUUUCAACUGCCUGUCAAAAGCACUACUCCUGCCCACUGCCACGGUCCCUUCGGAGGCCGCUUCUUACAGUCAAGUCUUAGACAAAUGGCCAGAUAUUAGAACCUUGAAAAAAAUCCACUGCAGGAUCAUCUUACAUCUGAACCUCAACUCCUGCAUUUCCUUUGGCAUCAAGUUGAUGCGAGCCUAUGCUGCUCGUGGCCAAACCAGUAUUACCCGCCAGAUAUUCGAUAGAAUUCCCGAGAGAAAUGUCGUGAUUUUUAAUGUUAUGAUUAGAAGCUACGUCAACAACCAUCUUUAUCAUGAUGCUUUCUUCAUGUUUAAGAGCAUGAAUUCGAGUAACACGAACCCUGAUUAUUAUACAUUCCCCUGCAUUCUAAAAGCUUGCUCUGCCUCUAUGGAUCUGUGGGUUGGCUUGCAAGUUCAUACCCAAGUCUUGAAAAUGAAUCUUGAUGGAAAUUUAUAUGUCGGGAAUGGUCUAAUAGCCAUGUAUGGGAAAUGUGGGGACGAGAUGCCCAGGAGAGAUGUUGUCUCUUGGAACUCAAUGGUCGUUGGAUAA